GGUCUCCCUCAGGGCCGGCCUCCGGCGCCCCGCCAGACCCUCGCGGAACGAACGCGGCUCGUCACGGCCCCAGCGAGGGGGGAGGGAUCGCGCCUCAGGGCUUCCAGAAAGCCCCGGGCUUCAUCAUCUCGUGCAGAGCCUUUCCAAGGAGCUUAAAAUUUAAAAAUCUUAAAUUUCAGAAAAAUUGGCUGCAGGGUUUCCUCAUUUAAAACUUAAUUCUUAGUCUUGAUCUCUGAGAGUUGUAAAAGAAAAAAGCUGAACUAUGUAGGUAUAAUAAUAAUUAAAAUAAAGGUCAGGUUUUUCUAGAGGGCAAUUCAAGCUUAAUGCUAACAACAGUCCUUCAGCCCUGGACUGCAUCAAACUCACAGAAUCAUGCUGCUGUCUUACCUGGAAGCCCUUUGAAAGCUUUCUGUUCUCUCAUGAUCAACAGUGUUUCUGUUUCUCUGGCCAGCAGGUUGCAUUUCUACCCAAAAGGUGCAAAUAUGCAAACAGACUUUUGCAUUUGCAGCGAGCCCCAUGCCAUGUGAUGGGAUGCAUGACUAGUCAUGUAAGGGCUGUUUGUAUUCUGUUACUUCCCAGAGAUUUCUCUGUCACGUAACUGGACUUUUUUCACCUCUGCUCUUAUCACCAUGUGCUUUUUCUUUGGAAAAAGCUGUAAUGUUUGUCUAGAAUUAUUGCUGAAUAUAUGCAUUUCCAUGUUUUAGACUUAUUACCUGUCCUUGCCCCUUAAAAACUUCAAGCAUGUAACAGUUCAUUUUUCUGAAUUAAAAAGUAAUAUCCUGGGCACCAUCUAGCAAUACCAGAAACCAGAAUAUUACAAACCUCAGCUUUAGUUAAAUAAUACUGCUUUUUAUUAAUAUAUCAGAAAGGUAAGUAGUCCCACAGUGGAGUUGAUCCAAAUCUGGAAGUCAAUAUAAUGUUAAGACAAUACAUUAACACCACUUGAAUUAAUUAGAAAAGAAACAUUUUUAACAAGGCAAUAUACUUUCAGAAAGGAAAGAGAAAAGGAGGCCUGACAAAUAGGAAAAUACUACAAAGUGAAGAGAAAAAGCAUUUCACGAGAAAUGAGCUCUGCUUUCAUUGCUAAAUUUUAUUUGUAUUACUAGCUGAUUAGCGUCAAAUAAUCCUUGUAGUCUGCUGUGGUAAAAUUAUUAGAUUAAAGCUGGAAAAAAUGAAACAAUUAAAAAGAAAAAGAAAAAGUAAUUUUAGCGUUCAGGAAACUCAAACUCUCCUUAAGGAAAUCAGAAAAAGGAGAGAAGUACUCUUUUCGAAACAACUUAAUACAACAAUUAAUGAGAUGAAACGGAAGGCUUGGGAGGAAAUAGCAGAGUGUGUAAAUGCUGUAGGUGAAGGAGAGCAGAGAACAGGGACAGAAGUGAAAAGGAGGUACCUUGACUGGAGAGCACUCAUGAAGAGAAAACGCCUGAAUGCAAACAUCAAGAUGGUAGGUGCUGGGUUUCAUCUUCCUUCAUCUGAUCUAGAUGACUCUCUCAAUGAAGAUAUGGAUGACAAAAUGGGAUUUGCAAACGAAUCUAGUUUUGAAUGGCAGAAUAUCACCGACUUCAGAGAAGCAGGUGGAUCUUUAACAGAAAUCAAAGUAGAAGAAGAAGAGGAGGAUCCACAGAACUUUGAGUUUCCUAUUGAGGAAGAAGAAGAAAUUUUGUCAUCAGUUUUGCCAGAUUCAAAAAAAGAAAAUGACCUACCAGAUUUCACCCACAUCGAGGAGUUUGGAAAUCUAAGCUCUGCUCAAGCUAGGUUAGCUUAUGAAGAUUCUCACUUGCUUAUAAAUCUGGAGAAGCAGAAGGUGGAGCUGGAGAAGCAGCGACUAGACAUAGAAGCUGAAAGAUUGCAAGUGGAGAAGGAACGCCUGCAAAUUGAAAAAGAACGUUUGCGGCAUGUUGACUUGGAGCAUGAGAGACUUCAGCUUGAGAAGGAGCGACUUCAGAUCGAGCGGGAGAAACUGAGGCUAGAGACUCUGCAUGCUGAAAAACCUGCCCUGGAAAACGAUCUGACCCAAACAGAAAAGCCUGUCAUGCAGCCUCUGGAUCUAGAAACUGAGAAGUUAAAACUUGAGAAAGAACGUUUGCAGUUAGAGAAAGAGAGGCUGCAGUUCCUAAAGUUUGAGUCAGAGAAGCUGCAGAUUGAGAAGGAACGCUUGCAAGUGGAAAAAGAACGCCUGCGAAUUCAGAGAGAGGGUCAUUUGCAGUAAACUUCUCAACUGAGGAGUCAGUACUAGCGAUUUGAUGUUUGUAAAAUAGAGGUAGUUCUUUUCCUAGUACUGAAACUGUCCUAGAGGUUUAAUGUUCUUCAGUUCAGAGUUGAAUGUUGAUGUGAAACUUUAAAAAAAAAAAAAAAAAAAAAAAAGAUGGGGGGAAAAAAAGAAUGGUGCUCAGUAAGUCAGUGUGCCUACAUAAAUAAGCUUAUGUGUGAAGUUGUGUUUCAGUGUAUCAAAACUAAAUGUUAUGUUCUCUUGUCUUCAGUAUUGUGUUGUAUUAGUUUGGUGUCCUCGUUUCACAGACACAUUGAGAAGAUUGACUGUUGUACUUUUUUUUUUUUUAAUGCAGUAACAGUAAGGGAGCAUCAGAAUAAAUCAGCAUAUGUUCUGAGGGCAUGGUGCUGAGGAUAGCCCACACAGUAAAUAGGUGUAAUUAGGCAGAACAUAAUAACACAGAGUCGUGAUGUGAUUGAUUCAUUAAAUUUAAUUUCCCCCUUUUUGGGUUUUUCUACUCCCACAGCUAAAAGAGGAAUUCAGCAAUUGUCUGGAAGUUAAAGAAAUAUAUACAGGCUAAAUCCACUACAGUGGUGUUUACUGUUGUUCCAUGACCUGAACUGAAUGGGAGUGUGGAAAAUAGUGUUCUUCCUUUUUACAUGAAGUAUUCAUACCAGAUAAAGUUACACAUAACCAUAGUUACCGUAAGCUGGACUGUGGUUCCAUCAGGUCAUUAAUAAUGCUGUAAGGAGCAUUUUACAUCUGGGUUAGCAGCACGGGGGCUUAGUAGCAGGAUGUAACUGCUGUCUGGUCAGUCCCCUGAAGUAAAGCAACUAGACCUGGCUUGUUCCUUGAAAGAGAUUAACUGACGAUGGGAGGCCUGUGAGUGGAGGAGGAGGCUGAGCACAGGCUAAGGAGCGCUGAGCUUGAACACUAAGACUUUUGAUACUAGUUUGCAGCACUGAGGUUAUGUCCAUGAGACGGCCUGAAGAGGCUUCUAUGGCUGAUGCCAUUCAGCGUGUUUUAGUUAGGCAAACGGAAAUGGUCAGUGCUGAUGGCUGUCAGUAUUUUUCAUGUGCAAGGUAUUCAUUUAAAAGAAAAAAAAAAAACACAGGAUUUCUGUUAUUUCAUAUAUGUAUUUGUAAAUCCCAACUGAGCCAGACUUUAGAUUUCUCAUCUUUCUGUGAGCAACUAUCUUUUUUGACUCCAUUUGACACUUAGGAGUAUGGGAAUACUAAAUCUGAAUAUACAUUGAGUGACUUACGUGGAUUCUUGUGCAAGUAAAUAUAUUUAUACCACUACAGGAUUACUUUUAUUCUGCAAAGAAAAUGUUAUUUUUUUAUUACUGAAACAAGUGUGCUUCUACAGUGAAAAUAAAUUUGACUACUA